GGCAGGGCCAGGGGGGUGAGGAGCCCCAGGCGACAUAAAAGGGAGCCCUCGCCCAGGCACUGCACAUUCCCACACGGAGCAACAUGGCUUUCCUCUGGCUCCUCUCCUGCUUCGCCCUCGUGGAAGCCGCCCUCGGCUGCGGGGUCCCCGCCAUCCACCCCGUGCUGAGCGGCCUGUCCAGGAUCGUCAAUGGGGAGGACGCCGUCCCCGGCUCCUGGCCCUGGCAGGUGUCCCUGCAGGACAAAACCGGCUUCCACUUCUGCGGGGGCUCCCUCAUCAGCGAGGACUGGGUGGUGACUGCCGCCCACUGCGGCGUCAGGACCUCCCACGUGGUCGUGGCCGGAGAGUUUGACCAGGGCUCGGAUGAGGAGAACAUCCAGGUCCUGAAGAUCGAAAAGGUGUUCAAGAACCCCAAGUUCAACAUGCUCACCGUCCGCAACGACAUCACCCUGCUGAAGCUGGCCACGCCCGCCCGCUUCUCCCAGACCGUGUCCGCCGUGUGCCUGCCCAGCGCCGACGACGACUUCCCCGCCGGCACCCUGUGCGCCACCACCGGCUGGGGCAAGACCAAGUACAACGCCAACAAGACCCCUGAGAAGCUGCAGCAGGCGGCCCUGCCCCUCCUGUCCAACGCCGAGUGCAAGAAGUUCUGGGGCAACAAGAUCACCGACGUGAUGGUCUGCGCCGGCGCCAGCGGCGUCUCCUCCUGCAUGGGCGACUCUGGUGGCCCCCUGGUCUGCCAGAAGGACGGCACCUGGACCCUGGUGGGCAUCGUGUCCUGGGGCAGCGGCACCUGCUCCACCUCCACGCCUGCCGUGUACGCCCGGGUCACGGAGCUCAUGCCCUGGGUUGAGGAGAUCCUGGCCAACAACUGAACCCGCGGCCCCUGCCCUCCCAGCCCUGAGUGUCCCCAAUAAAAGCAUCUGUACAGGAA